UGUUGCCGCUGCUACGGGAACGCGGUCCGAAGCGUCAGCUUCGUGUUCAAAACUGAGAGCGCCUCCUCUCUCCCGCCGUCCUAUAUGUCUCUUCAUUGAGCAAAGGGAGGCCCAUCGCGCGAAAAAUUUAUGCCCUGCUAAGUCUGGAGGAGACACCCGCCGGGCCGCCAUGGGGAAAUCAAACAGCAAGUUGAAGCCCGAAGUUGUGGAAGAGCUGACCAGGAAGACCUACUUUACAGAGAAGGAAGUCCAACAGUGGUACAAAGGUUUUAUCAAGGAUUGCCCCAGUGGACAGUUAGACGCGGCUGGAUUCCAAAAGAUCUACAAGCAAUUUUUCCCCUUCGGCGACCCCACCAAGUUUGCAACCUUUGUCUUUAACGUCUUCGACGAAAACAAAGAUGGAAGGAUCGAGUUUUCGGAGUUCAUCCAGGCCCUUUCAGUCACUUCCCGAGGAACGUUGGAUGAGAAACUGCGGUGGGCCUUUAAACUGUACGACCUGGACAACGAUGGGUACAUCACACGAAACGAGAUGCUGGACAUUGUAGAUGCUAUUUACCAGAUGGUGGGCAAUACAGUUGAACUCCCCGAAGAAGAAAACACGCCGGAGAAGAGGGUGGACCGUAUUUUCGCCAUGAUGGAUAAAAACGCCGAUGGGAAGCUCACGCUGCAGGAAUUCCAGGAGGGAUCCAAGGCCGACCCCUCCAUUGUCCAGGCUCUGUCCCUCUACGACGGACUCGUAUAGUUCCGUGGUCCUAUGCUUUGACACGCCUGAGGGAAGCCUCUUCCAGUGCCAUCAGACACCCUACCCCGCCCUCAGUCAAGACGCUCGCCAGCCCUCUUUUACGUUAAAUGCGAACAAGGGAUGCGCUUUGGGCGUGACGUCAACCCAGCCACUUUGCGCUCAACUUCAACUUUUCUCCAUUUUCCAACUUCUGCAUUUAACGGGGGCGGG